AUUGGCUGAGACUCGGCAUACAAAAGGAGGAGGAGGGACCACCGCCCGCUCUUUCUUUCCGUAGCUCGCGUGGAGGCCUCGCCUCGUCUUUAAACCGUCCGCGGCAAUCCUUGGCACCGGCACGAUGCCCAGGGAAGACCGAGCCACGUGGAAGUCCAACUAUUUCCUGAAAAUCAUCCAACUACUGGAUGAUUAUCCAAAAUGCUUCAUUGUGGGAGCAGACAACGUUGGAUCCAAACAGAUGCAGCAGAUCCGCAUGUCCCUGCGUGGGAAGGCUGUUGUGCUGAUGGGGAAGAACACCAUGAUGCGCAAAGCUAUCCGGGGUCACCUGGAGAACAAUCCUGCUCUGGAAAAGUUGCUGCCUCACAUCCGUGGAAACGUGGGCUUUGUGUUCACCAAGGAGGAUCUGACUGAGAUCCGAGACAUGCUGUUGGCUAACAAGGUGCCAGCGGCAGCUCGUGCCGGUGCCAUUGCCCCCUGUGAUGUCACUGUGCCAGCUCAGAACACUGGUCUGGGUCCUGAGAAGACCUCCUUCUUCCAGGCUCUGGGCAUCACCACAAAGAUCUCCAGGGGUACCAUUGAAAUCCUGAGCGACGUGCAGCUGAUCAAGACUGGAGACAAAGUGGGUGCCAGUGAAGCCACCUUGCUGAACAUGUUGAACAUCUCCCCAUUCUCCUUUGGGCUGGUUAUCCAGCAGGUGUUUGACAAUGGCAGCAUUUACAAUCCAGAAGUGCUGGACAUCACUGAGGAAACUCUGCACAACCGCUUCCUGGAAGGUGUUCGUAACGUUGCAAGCGUUUGUCUGCAAAUUGGCUACCCAACCAUUGCUUCUGUGCCCCAUUCUAUCAUCAAUGGGUACAAGCGGGUCCUAGCUGUGGCUGUGGAGACUGACUACACCUUCCCACUGGCUGAAAAGGUGAAGGCCUUCCUGGCUGACCCCUCUGCCUUUGUGGCUGCUGCCCCUGUGGCAGCUGAAGUGGCUGCUCCUGCUGCUGCUCCAGCCAAAGAAGAAGUGAAGGAGGAAUCAGAGGAGUCUGAUGAGGACAUGGGAUUUGGUCUGUUUGACUGAGUCCUGCCAGCACUGGCUUUGCCACCCACUCGUUUAAGUACAGAAAUAAAGUGCUGAUUUCCA